UUCCGAGUUGAUGAUCGCUUUAUUCCAAGUCCUUGGCCACCCCUCUUUGAAUAUGACUCGUUUAGUGCUAGACUUAGAUUGGGUUGGUUAAGUCAUAAAACUCAAGGUAUAUUAAAAGGAAAAGUCUUUUGUCACUUAGUAAUACUAGUUAAAGAUAUUUCUCUUACAAGAGCUCUUAGAUUCGAAUAUCGAGAGUGACGAGUCUGCAACCAAUUUAUUCUGCCCCCUUAGAGUGUGUAUAUAUUGAUUACCACUCUUGCUUUUGCUUCCUCUCCUUACUCUGCCCUCACAUUUAAACCCCAUCUCUCUCUCUUUCUGCAUACUUCUUUUGCUUUCCGUUUCUAGUUAAUAGUCUAGAGUCCACACACACCCUCCAUUUCUAGCUUUGCCUUCAAAGCCUUUUCUUCUCGUGACAAGGAGGGAGCAAUUAUGUCACCAUCCUUUUAUUCAUGACUGCACGGUGACUCAAGCGAUUGGUCAUGGAGUAGGCACUCAAAACAUGCCGAAGGUUAUGAAAGAAAAAAAAAGCACGUAAUCUGCGUCUCUUUCUCAAAUACCAAAGCAAUUGGUAACGAAGUAGGCACCCAAAACGUCACUGCAGCGGCCAAGGUUACGAAAAAAGAGAGCAAUGAUGGAGCAUUCACGUAUCAACCGUAAGCUGGUUUUGUUCAAAUUCCUGCAUGGGUUCAUUCUUUUAUGCAUGAGCACUUGCCUUGAAUCUACAGCACCUCGCAGUCUUACUCUGCUUGGAAAUGAAUCUGAUCACUUGGCUCUGCUAGACUUCAAGAAAAAAAUAACCGCAGAUCCUUUCGAUGUCAUGAGCUCGUGGAAUCAUUCCAUCCAUUUCUGCAAUUGGGUUGGGGUUUCUUGCCAUCGUUCCACCAAAAGAGUCUUGAUGUUGAACCUGAUAUCAAAAAAGUUGGUAGGCUCCAUUCCACCUUCCGUUGGAAAUCUUACUUAUCUUAUUGCAAUCAAUUUGAAAGACAACAAUUUUCAUGGGGGAAUUCCUUCGGAAAUGGGUCGUCUACAAAGCCUACAAUAUCUCAACCUUUCUCAUAAUUCCUUCCGUGAGAAAAUUCCAACUAAUUUGUCGCAAUGCGCACAACUAAGAAUGCUUAAUUUGCAAUACAAUCAUAUUAAGGGGUCCAUUCCGAACCAACUCAGUUCAUUGUUGAAUUUAGAACAUCUAUGGCUUUAUGGUAACAAUCUCACUGGAACCAUCCCACCUUGGAUAGGAAACUUUUCUUUGUUGAGCAGUCUUUAUCUUGGCGAAAACAAUUUUCAAGGAAGCAUACCCAAUGAGCUGGGCCUUAUAACAGGCUUGGAGGAAUUCGUAGUUGAGGGGAAUAAUCUAUCUGGUAUGGUUCCUUCCACAAUCUAUAAUAUUUCUUCAAUAUACACUUUUAGUGUUACUGAAAACCAGUUGCAUGGAGAGCUACCACCAAAUCUCGGCAUUAUGCUCCCUAACCUCGUAAAAUUUUUCUGUGGUAUGAACAAAUUCACAGGAAAUAUUCCUGUAUCUUUGUCAAAUGCUUCUAGACUUCAAAGGUUUGAUAUUGCUGCAAAUAAGCUCACUGGGUCAGUCCCUGGUGAAGAUAUCGGAAGCUUGAAGAGCUUAGUUUGGCUAAACUUUGAAUCCAAUCGACUGGGAAAUGGAAAAAACGGUGAUUUGAAUUUUUUUAGUUUCUUGGCUAAUUGCACUAGUUUGGAAACAUUGAGUAUUUUCCAAAAUCAUUUUGGAGGAGGAAUCCCGGGUUCCCUUGCCAACCUUUCAACCCAACUAAAGUCCCUUACUCUUGGGGAAAAUUUGAUACAUGGAAGCCUCCCUAAUAGCAUUGGAAAUCUUAUAAACUUGAACCGUCUAGGAAUGGAGCGUAACUAUUUGGAUCAUAGUGUCCCUAAUGAAAUUGGGAAGCUUCAAAAGUUAGUGGUACUUUUUUUGGGUGGCAACAAGUUUUCUGGGCCAAUUCCGUCCUCCUUGGGUAACAUCACUUCGUUAACAGAGCUCUACAUGGAGGACAACGGGUUUUCUGGAAGUAUACCUCCACAACAACAACAACAACAAAGCCUUUUCCCACUAAGUGGGGUCGGCUAUAUGAAUCCUAGAACGCCAUUGCGCUCGGUUUUGUGUCAUGUCCUCCGUUAGAUCCAAGUACUCUAAGUCUUU